AUGCAUUCACGACUUCUUUUGGCAGCCCUUUUCCUGGGCUUCAUUGCCCUGGUUUCGGCCGUGCCCAUGCAGAAGCGCUCGUUCAAGGUGGAACGACGAGCCAACCCCAACUUCACUGGAAACGAUGGAUUGAAGGCUCUGGCAAAGGCCUACCGCAAGUUCGGUAUGGAGAUGCCCCAGAACAUGAAGAAUGCUAUUGAGGUUCGCAAGGCUACCGAUGCUGCUCGCCGAGCUGUUCAGGAGGCCCGCAAGGCGAAGCGCCAGAGCCUUGCCGAUAUUCUUGGUGAGCUUGGCCUUCUUGGUGGAAACAACAACGCUGGAAAUGGAAAUGGAAAUGGAAAUGGAAAUGGAAACGGAAACGCAAAUGGCAAUGGAAAUGGAAACGCUGGUCAGGGCCAAGCUGCUGGUAACGCCAACGCCGGUGGACGACACCACAAGGGCAAGGGCCAGGGCAACGGUCAAGGUCAGGGUCAGGGUCAAGCUGCUGGUAACGGAACUGCUGCUGGUAACGGAACCGGUGCUGCUCAGCCCGCUGCCAACCCCUCUGGCCAGUCUGGAAGUGUCACCAACACCCCCGAAGGCAACGAUGUUGAGUUCCUGUCCCCUGUCAGCAUUGGUGGCCAGACCCUGAACCUCGACUUCGAUACCGGCUCCUCUGAUCUCUGGGUUUUCAACACUCAAAUGUCCUCUCAAUUCACCGCUGGCCACACUCUCUUCGACCCUACCAAGAGCAAGACUUUCAAGGCUAUCCAGGGUGCUACUUUCCAGGUCUCCUACGGUGACGGCUCCGGUGCUGAGGGCAACGUCGGCACUGAUGUCGUCAAUGUUGGCGGUGCUUCCUUCAACGCCCAGGCUGUCGAGAUUGCUACCGCUGUUACUCAGCAGUUUGUCGACGACCAGGCCAACGAUGGUCUGAUGGGCCUUGCCUUCUCCAAGCUCAACACCGUCCAGCCCCAGCAGCAAAAGACUUUCCUCGACAACGUCGCCAGCUCUCUCGCCGAGCCCGUCUUCACCGCCGACCUCAAGAAGGGUGCUCCCGGAACCUACACUUUCGGUGCCAUUGACCAGACUGCUUUCCAGGGCGAUCUCACCUUUGUCAAUGUCGACAACAGCCAGGGCUUCUGGCAGUUCAGCAGCGAGUCCUUUGCCGUCGACGGUGGUGCUACCCAGCAGGCUACCAAGGGUGGUCAGGCCAUUGCUGAUACCGGCACCACUCUCCUCCUUGCCGACCCCCUCAUCGUCAACGGCUACUACUCCCAGGUCCAGGGUGCCCAGAACGACGCUCAGGCUGGUGGCUUCACCGUCCCCUGCGAUGCUCAGCUCCCCGAUCUUGACCUUGACAUUGGUGGCAACUACGUCGCCCGCAUUAGCGGUGCCGACCUCAACUUCUCCCCUGUAUCUGGAAACACUUGCUUCGGCGGUCUCCAGGCCACUACCCAAGGUGGACUGGGUAUCUACGGUGACAUCUUCUUCAAGUCGCAAUUCGUUGCUUUCAACAUUGCCAACAACACCCUGGGCUUGGCUCCUCACAACUAA